CGCUACGUCAAUUUUCUUGGAUGGAAGGUUGAUUUACGCGGACGGUUUACAUAGCAACCUACCUAACCCAAGGCAUUUGACGUUAAGGCCCCACUGGCCCCAACACCCACCAAAAACAUGUGUCCAGCACGAAAUCUGCACAAGCUCGACUAGGCAGGAGACUCAGCUCGUUGGCCACAAAUGGAGCGUAGUUUCAGCAUUUACAGCGGUUUCGGCAUGAGUGGCAGCGCGACAACAGAGAAUCUCCGUGUCGACGGGGUUUCCAUGUCCAAAGAAGCUCUAUGUCGAAUCUUGCGCGAAGACGCUGCUGUGCUCUUGCAUCCGGCUGCGGCCGGCCUCAAGCACAGCGCACUCCCACAACAAAAAAUUGAAUUCAACAUUCGGUUUGUCGUCGAAGCUGUCGUGUGGCUGGCUACAUUCCGAACCCAGGAUUGGUUCUGGCUCCGCUUACGACUCGUGCUAGGGUAUCCGAAAAACACUGAACCAAUCCUCCAAGACAUCGUAUCCAGCUACUGUGAAGGUCGGAAAGCUUAUCAUCGCGAAUAUCAACAUAUUCAUGGACGCCUAGCUCCGAAAGGAGAACAUGCUCCUUCGCCGUUGGUAAAAGCCGUCGACGCCAUCAUUAGCAUGGAGGCUUUUGGCAAUUCGCAUCACACUUCUAAGGAGGCGGCCGAGCAUUCUUGGCAGAGUCAUGUCGAUUCAUGGCGUAAUAGUCGCUCAAAGGAAGUUAGAGGCGAUCUUAUAAAGCCACAAUUCACCACAAAUAUUAUGGCUCAUCAGAAUCCUCGAAGGCGUCUACCCCUCCACUUCUCUGAUGGCGCGGCUUCUUCUGCCACUCUCCCUUCCCAGGCGAACAUGAGAAGCUCCAGGCCACAUGUGGCUUCUUCAGAUGAGCAACUGGAUGAGUUACUACAUGGUCGAAGUCCUGGACAUCAUUCUGGAACAGCCCGGUCCAAGAGCAUCACGAACAUUGCAACCAAGAACGGAAUCUCACGCUAUAUCCUACCUGGUGUUGAAUCAACAUCGUAUCAAUCAUCAGCUAAUGCAAGUAAACUUAAUAGCAAAGACAAUGCUGCACUUAUAUCACCUCCUGGUCAAAUACAGUCUAGUUCCUCUGCACAGAGCCACAGCUCGCAGGCCCCGGGAAACCUGAUUACUGUGAAGGACCAUUCACCACCGCUUGAUUUUAACAAUGAUGCGCAACGUACCGGCACGCCUCGGUGCCAGAAUAAUUCUGUUUCAGCUGGCCCAUCUCAAAUGAGUCUUUUACCUUACCCCGACCAGGUUGGCGAAUCUACGACAGCUCAUCACUGUUUGUCACGCCCGGGCGAACCGCAACACGAUCAAGAAUCAUCGCAGACGAGAGAGGUCUCAAAUCGCUGGAAAACUGGAGCAACCUCUGGUACGCAGGUUGUAAACCUUGUGUCAACUGAUGAUGAGAACGAGGGAUAUCGUCCCACUUCCGCCAGACACCGUCGUAAGCGUCAGGCAUCGCCUCAAGGUUCGACCGUUUGCAAAAGACUGAGAUCGAACUCAAUUGCGCGCGACACUCUACCCGAAGAUACGUGUACUAAGCUGGCUGUUGGGGCCGAAAUCCAGGAGACCAAGCAGGAACUUGAUCUUGCCGAUGAGACAGGUUGGCCUGAACCACUAGACAAAUCAUGCUCAACCCCUAGUUCUACGAACGAGCCAGGUACCCGAACUGACGAUAACACAAUAAAUUCCGUCAAUGGUGGUUUAGACAAUAUUUCAGACAAUAAUGAUCAGGCCGUCGAACCCGUAAGCCUGCCGGGACUUGAUCUGCACAAGCUGAAGGCCAGACUCGGUCCUCUUCUAUCGGCUUACCAAACCACGAAUGAGGCUGCAGUCGUUGCCUCGCAGUCUGACCAGCGCUCUGACCAGCUGGAAUGCCGCCUGAAUAAAGUCGAGGCACAGUUGCAAUCACUGAAUCAGGCAUGUAAUUUCAUGCCUCAAUGCAAUAUCCUCACCGUAUCCCAACCGACUUCACAGCCCAAGCUAUCGGAGACUCUGAAGCCUGGAUUGUCCCACCAGUCUGAGUAUUUUGGGUCCAGGUACCUGCAAUACACAUCUGCUGAUGACGUGAAGCCUUUACUCAAAGGUGUCAGCCAUGAGAUGAACAUCAUGCGAAGUGUCAUUCGACAUAAGAUACGACAACAAGACGAAACGGCAGCGGGUUGGAAAAAGAUGGAACAUCUCAGCGACGUUCUUUGGACGCUCGACGAGGCAAUAAAGAAGGCAAAGGCGGGUAUCGAAGCACUUUAAAGAUUCAAACUCUAUGACGAGGCGACGAGGACAUGGAUAUACCCUAGGCGUUCAAGCCUGCUUUACUUUUUUCUCCCCUUUCCUUUCUUUUCGUUUCAUUUCUUUUUCAAGAGAACAAUUGCCUCCAGCUAUAGGGCUGUAAGAGAUGUUAAGAAAACUUUAUGGUCUGCUACACUCUAUAUGAUAGAUUUAGUUAGGCUGUGUUGCUGUAGAUGACAAGAAGCAUGUACAAGUCGCCCGAAAGAAGGGAGAAAUGCAUCAACACACUGAUCAGCAAUUCAACUAGUUUUUCGC